UUGAAUGGCACUGCUGUGGUGCGUCCCCCAGGACACCAUGCAGAGCGGGAUGCUGCGUGUGGUUUUUGCUUUUUCAACUCUGUGGCUGUGGCUGCUCGCCAUGCCCAAGCCGUCAGUGGGCAUGCGCUGCGGAUCCUCAUAGUGGACUGGGACGUCCAUCACGGUAAUGGAACUCAGCACAUAUUUGAGCAAGACCCCAGUGUGCUGUACAUUUCCCUGCACCGAUAUGAUCACGGCACCUUCUUUCCCAUGGGGGAUGAGGGCGCCAGCAGCCAGAUAGGCCGGGCCACGGGCACCGGCUUCACCGUCAACGUGGCCUGGAACGGGCCCCGCGUGGGUGACGCCGACUACCUGGCUGCCUGGCAUCGUCUGGUGCUCCCUAUUGCCUAUGAGUUUAACCCAGAACUGGUGCUGGUCUCGGCUGGCUUUGAUGCUGCACGGGGGGACCCGCUGGGGGGCUGCCAGGUGUCACCCGAGGGCUAUGCACACCUCACCCACCUGCUGAUGGGCCUUGCCAAUGGCCGUAUCAUCCUGAUCCUAGAGGGUGGCUACAACCUGACAUCCAUCUCGGAGUCCAUGGCUGCCUGCACCCGUUCCCUCCUUGGGGACCCACCACCACUGCUAACCCUGUCGCGGCCCCCGCUGUCAGGGGCCCUGGCCUCCAUCACCGAGACCAUCCAAGUCCAUCGCAGAUACUGGCGCAGCUUGCGGGCCAUGAAGGUCGAAGACAAGGAGGGACCCUCCAGUUCUAAGUCGAUCCCCAAGAAGCUGACCCAGCCAGCCAACCGUGGGUCAGCUGUGGGGAUGACCGCACCAGAUGGGAACAUUCUGGAUGCGGACGCAGGGAAGGCUACCUCAGCAUCAUCCAUGGAAGUGGCCACUCCAGACCAAGCUAAGUCAGAGACUGCCGUGGUGGAGCUCAGUCAGGACCAAACCUCGGAGGCUCCCACUGGGGAAGCCACGGCGGACCAGACGCCCUCAGAGGCAGCCACAGGAGGGGCCACGCUGGACCAGACCAUCGUGGAGUCUGCCACAGUUGGAGCCACGCUGGGCCAGACCACCUCAGAGGAAGCCGUGGGGGGAGCUGCAGUGAUCCAAACCCCUCCAGCCUUAUGUACUGACAACCAGACUCCUCCAGCCUCACCUGCGCAAGGAGCCACGGCCCAGAUAGCCCCCAGUAAGCUGACUGAGAAUCUCAGGACCUUGGACCUAAACAGCGAGGCUCAGGAGGCACCAGAAUCUCAGAUGGCAGAAGAGGAGGGGCUGCUAGGAGAGGCAGCUAGAGGUCAGGACAGGGAUGAUUCCGUGCUGAUUCAGAGCUUUGGGGACCAUGCCAACGCUGACCAGGUCAUGUUUUAUGCCGUGACACCGUUGCCCUGGUGUCCCCAUUUGGUGGCAGUACGUCCCAUACCUGAAUCGGGCCUGGACGUGACCCAACCUUGUCAGGACUGUGGAACACUCCAGGAGAACUGGGUGUGUCUAUCUUGCUAUCAGGUCCACUGUGGCCGUUACGUCAGUGCCCAUAUGCUCCAACACCACGAAGUCUCAGGACACCCGCUGGUCCUCAGCUACGUCGACCUGUCUACCUGGUGUUACAACUGUGAGGCCUAUGUCCACCACCAGGCUCUCCUGGAUGUGAAGAACAUCGCUCACCAGAACAAGUUCGGGGAGAACAUGCCCCACUCACACUAAAUCCCAGAACGUGCCCCUCUUCUCCACCUUCUGAGGACCUGGAUGAGGGGCAGCCUCACUCCAUCCCAUUCUGAAGACUCUUUUCACCUCUCCAAGGGUGCCGAUUUAAGCAUAAAUACUUGUAAGAGGACUGUGAUGAUCAAUUGUAAAUCUCCCUCUGCCCACUGUCUGUUGGAGGGACUCCAUCUUCUCUGCCCUGGAAGGAAAGGGGGGGUUCAGUGGUCCCAAGAGGGGGCUGAUAUCAUGAAGAGAGGGGAAUCA